GUAGGAGCUUUUGCUAGAUUACCGCGCAGGGAAAAGAAGAGAAAAAAAGAACAGCUAUUAGAGCAAGGAGGAGCAUCUCUGGCCUCGUAAACCAACCGCAAAGGCUUCUCCUUUCUUCGAUUACUCUCCCUCUCUAACAUUUCUCAUCUCUCCUGCUUGAUCUGAGAGUGCGCGCUUCAUGUCCGCUGAAAUUCGUCACAUAGCUUGAUGGCGCCUGCGCUCGAGCACGACUACAUACGCCUGUCGGAGGUCUCCGAUAAGCUUGCAAGUAGUGAAGUGGAAAAUCUACGUGAGACAGAGCUCCGGCUAGGGCUUCCGGGCUCCUUGUCGCCGGAAAGGAAGGAGAAAGUGGGACUUACACUUGGGUUACAGAUACCGAAGGGUUUUGCAGCUGGAGCAAAGAGGGGUUUUUAUGAUGCUAUUGACGAGAACAGUAAGUGGAUUUUCUCUGGGAUUGGUGGAUCUGAAGGGGAAAUGGAGAAAGGUGGUGCCUUGUUCUCGCCGAGGGGCAACGGUGGCGGCGGCGGCGGCGGAGGUGGAGGAGGUCUGGUCGGCGGCGGUGGGAAGGAGGUCGCCGGAAAAGCUGUGAGUGGACAGGACAAGAAGGCGCAGGGGAUGCCUGCUACAAAGGCACAGGUUGUGGGUUGGCCGCCGAUCCGAAGCUACCGCAAGAACACGAUGUCUACAAAUCCAUCAAAGAACAAAGAAGACGGCGACGGGAAGCUUGGACUUGGUUGCCUCUAUGUAAAGGUUAGUAUGGAUGGAGCCCCUUAUCUGAGGAAGGUGGAUCUCAGGACUUACUGCAGCUAUAAGGAGCUCUCAUCAGCACUGGAGAAGAUGUUUAGUGGGUUCACCAUCGGUCAGUGUAGAGAUGGGCUGACUGAAAGCUGUUUGAUGGAUCUUCUUAAUGGUUCUGAGUAUGUGCUGACUUAUGAAGACAAAGAUGGAGAUUGGAUGCUUGUUGGUGAUGUUCCAUGGAAAAUGUUCAUUGAUUCCUGCCGAAGGCUACGGAUUAUGAAGGGCUCCGAUGCAAUUGGCCUUGCUCCGAAGGCGAUGGAGAAGAACAAGAAUCAGCACUAGGGCGGGGCGCGAUGGAU